CAUGUGCCACGUUGUCAAACAGAAAGCAGGCUUGUUCAGUCAGACCCCCUCAUUCAUCUCUUUUUGAACAGGAACAGCAGGGGACGGCCGACGUGAGCCAUGUCUGGACUCAACGCAUCUCUCGGAUACUUCGUGGCCGUCGUGGUCUUCGCAGCCUCAGUUCGAACGCUCCUCAGGAAAUGGCCGAGGUUGAGCUUCAUGACAGAGUUCGCCUCUGCUUUCAUGCUGGUGGCAUGUCGGCUGGAGGUGCAGACCAUUGUGGAGGUGGGUGAGUGGGCUGGAGGCCUGGGCCCUGAUGUGACUGUGACCAUGCUGUUUGUGGUGCUGUUGACCCAGGGUGUGAUCUGUGGCAAUGCCACAGGGAACACCAACCUGGUGUUGCUAAAGUUCCUGCAGCUGGAGGCCACCACCCUGCCCACUCUCCUUGCUGUAGCAGCCCAGUUCCUCGGGGCCUUCCUUGGCCUCCUUGCAGCUGGAUACUACUGGGGCCUGGAGCUGACAGACAUGCACAUGAUCAAAAACCUGAUGGCGAGAGAGUGCAGCACCUCCCUGCAAGUCUCUCUGCUUCAGGGGUUUUUCACAGAGUGUGUUUGCGCGCUCGUCUUUCAUCUGAUCCACUUAAACCUGGAGCGCAGAUCCGCUUUGAUCCGGGUGCCCCUGAUCGCUGUCCUCCUCACUUUCCUGUCCCACACAGGUAGAGGCUACACCUCAGCUUACAUAAAUCCAUCCCUGGCCUAUGGCCUCACCUUCCACUGCCCUGGAUUUACCUUCACAGAGUAUGCUGUGGUCUACUGGCUGGGCUCUUUCACAGGCAUGACAGUGGCUCUUCUCCUGUACAUGGGUCACAUCCCGAGGAUCUUUGCCAAGAACCUGCUGUACAGUCAGAAGACACGUUUCAGAGUGCCGAAGGGGGACAAAGGAGAAAAGAGGAAAAUGUGAAAAGAAACUACAACCAUUUUAUUUUCUUUUAAAUCAUCAGGGAAAGUAUUUGGCAACAAAUUGUUAUCAGUCAAAAGAUAUUUACUGUUGCCUGUACAGAAAAUGUAAAAUUAAAAAAAAAGUCAAGUUAAUGCAUUUUCCAUUGUUGUUGGCAGUUUUUAAUAAAACUAUUGGUAUCAA